AUGAAGACUGAAAGGCUUUGGUGUCCUGCUUGGGUAGAGAAAGCAAACCUCAUCUUGAAGGGCAAACGAGAAGGGAGAGGAAAAUGGUUCUCCUCCUCCUGCCCUCUUGGGAGCUUCCAGUGCCAUGAGGGGGGCCAGGUGCCGCUGUGCUUGGGGCACGAUGGGAAGCCUGACUGCCAAGAUGGCAGCAACACAAAUGGCUGUCAGCUGGGAAAUGUCUCCUGCAGGAAUCGUGACUGUCGGUGCGGCGGCAGCGGGCCCUGCCUGCCCUUUGAACGGUUUUGCGACGGCCGCGAGGACUGCCCAGACGGUUCUGAUGAGUCAGAGCCCCUUUGUGGCUCCCCAGUAGCCCUGCUUGAAAAGGACUGUGAAAGCGACGAAUUCCGAUGCCACCCGGGGGCAGAGUGCUUCCCGGUGACGUUUCAGUGCGACGGCCACCCGGACUGUGAAGAUGGAGGCGAUGAAGUAGGGUGCGAUGCAGAUUUGCCAGAGGCUUCAAUGACUCCACAAACAACCCCAAAAGGCAGCAGUGCUGCCCCAGAAACUGUGCCAUUGGAGCACUUGACGAUCGCUGCCAUUGUCGCACUCCUGAUCACAGUGGUGGCCGCAGCGGUGAUAGCGGUGUGGACCUCUACAAAAGCCAAGCCUCGCCUUACAAGGUUCUACCCCAAAAGAGCGUUCAAGCAGAUCAUCAUCCUAGAAGAGCAUCCUUGAGAUGCUCCUCCCGGUCAGGAUGGCAAAGAAUUGCUCCUUGGGGGCAGGUGUUCACAUUCCUCAAAGGAAGGCCCUUCGUGUGCAGAGCCUCCCCACGAUGCUGCUUCCGUUUCCUUUCUGGGGAGCUCGUGGGAAGGAUGAGCUCACUUCGUUCCGCUUCUUGGUAUUCUUUUCAGCAGGAAUGAAAGCCCUUUAGGGAGGCUGUCUUUUCGUGUCCCUGCUGCCUCAUGCAAAGGACUCUGGCCCAGUCACCUGAUCCUCCCAGGAACCCUUGGCAAAACUCUUGGAUUUCAAAGGCUGGCAGCCAUGCUGGGACUCCCUGAAGGAGCUGAGUCUGACCAGGCUUCCCCGACCCUUGGAAGCCGCACAGCAGAAGAACGACUUCCCCAGAAGCCCACCUCUGGGAGAAAGCAGCAUCUGCCACCGGGCUUCUCUUCGUGCCUGCUUAGGCCUGUCCCUUGACAGCAGCACUGCACCUGCCCACUCCAGCAGAAGCCUCCACCCCGACUUUGACGAGCCACUCCAAGCAAAAUGGCCUUCGUGUUCCCCUGUUGCUGGCCAAGAGGGUCCGCGUGGAAGCGAGCUGGGAUUCUUCCAGUGGGUGGGGUGCUGUGGAAUUCCACCUUCCUCUCAAGGUGCUGCUGGGGGUUGUUGUUACUUGCUCCUCUUGGUGCCUCUAGAUGUGUUGGACAAGAACUCUCAACUUCUGGAGGUUUGGGAAGGCUGAUGAACCCCUUGUAUGGUUUGUGUGGCAAAAGCUGGUUUUGGCUGCUCCUGGCUUUUCCUGUUGCGUUGCCACCUGCAGUGAAAACCGCCUGAUUGCCGUGGUUGUGACUUCUUCCUCAGGUUCCGUGGUAGGUGAGAAUCCCACAUAUUUUAGUGGAGGAAAGCAACCCCUAAAGUCUGUCCUGUCUGGCCCGGCGUGGGGACCCUGCUUCUGCAGCACCAAGGUAGACCGCCUUCCUGAAUGUGAACCAUUAAAAAGCGUUUCCAACCA